GUUCGGACUCCGCCACAUUUCCUCUCCCGUCGAACAACUGCAGUGACAAAAUACAAUCCUCCAAAUAACUGCCAUGAUUGACGCUGUAGUUCACCGCCCAAACCACGUUCCUGAGAGGCAGAGGGCCUACCAGGCUUCACACUCGCCCGUUUACUAUCGCCCACCUCGUUCAAGACUGUAUCUUGGUGCCUACUUCACUAUCUUUGGUGUGGGUAUGGUUGGAACUGUGUAUGGUAUGUACCAGCUUACCAUGGGCAAGCCUGUCAGGCAGUAAUCUCGCGGACACAACAUGCUUAUU